AUGGUUUCAUUUCUUUUUUUUCAGUCAGCCUUAUUUAACUUCCAAAGUUUAUUGACAGUGUUAUUGUUGUUGAUAUGUACAUGUACCUAUCUUCGAUCUAUAAUGCCAAGUAUCAUAGAUAGAAAUAAAACUGGGUUUUUGGGUAUAUUUUGGAAGUUUGCUAGAAUUGGAGAAAGAAAAAGUCCCUAUGUAGGAGCUUGUUGUGUUGCCAUGGCAAUAAGUAUUUUAUUCUGGUCUUGA